AGUGCUUUUUGGGUCGUUCGGAUUCUGACACAAGUUGAUGAGUUCGUUGCAGUCGCUGUCGACAGCUGAUCGAACUCCCAUUCUCCAUUUUGGAGACGAGCCGUGGCGCGACUCUCCCAGCGAGUCAGUGAGUCUAAAAAGGGACAUGUCGACGGAGAGAUUGUUCAAACCUUGCUCCUGGGGUCAUCUCCUAGAAUCGACGGACUUCGAGACCGCUUCCGUCGCCGAAUUUGUUUCAGCUCCUCUGGCUUCUCGAUGGGCCGAAAUCGUGCGGGAGGGUGUGUAUGUGGAGGUUCAGAAUGCGACGAGAGCUGCGUCAACGAACGAGAUCGCCUAUUGGUUGGCUGUUGUCAUAAAGGUCCACGGUUAUUUCGUCAAGCUACGCUAUUUGGGUUGCGAUGAUGAUUCUUGCCACGACUUCUGGAUGAAUACCACUUCUGAAAUUGGCGUUGUUGGAGGGACAGACUACACCAUCCAUCCCGUCGGCUGGUCUGUAGAGCACGGAGAGGAGCUUCAUCCACCCAAGGAGAUCGAAAAUUCACGAGAAGAUUGGAUUUCUUGCCUGAGCGCCAAACUCGCCGACUGUUCGACUAUUCCCAAAAAAUUGCAUGAGGCUUUCCGAUUGGCGACAAGGACUAGUUUUUCGCCCGGAAUGAAACUGGAAGCUGUCGAUAUCCGCGAUCCCGGUUGCCUCAGAGAGGCGUCUGUUGGUUGUGUCAGCGGUCGGAGACUCGAAGUGCAAUACGUAGAGGAUGGCACAUCUUCCGAUAGCGAUGCGUCCAGCUUUUGGUGCCACGACUCAUCAACCAUGAUACGACCCGUCGGAUGGGCUAAGCUCAUCGGACAAGAUAUCAGAUCCACGCAGAGAUACUUCGACACAAGUUUGGGGAAAAUACUCGCAAACAGACUUUCCGAUGAAGAUGCUCCGGUCGGCUGUUUCACCCCGCUACAUAUGCUAGAGAAACAACGACAAAGCCUGGACGCGCAAGAGCUGAAGGUCGGAAUGAAACUCGAGUUCUUCACGCCCCAAUGUCCUGACGCGAUGUGCAUCGGUACCAUUCGUAAGGUUCUGCGUAAUCACUUCCUGGUAGUCGAAGCAGAUGAUGUCUCAGCUCCUGAAGAGCGCCUCCGGAUGUGCGUACACGCUUUGUCCAACUGUCUCUAUCCCGCCGGUUACGCUCAAAUCGCCCGAAUAAGAUUGAAGAAACCUCCCGGGUACGAGGAAAGGUGUUUUAGGUGGAAGGAAUAUCUCGACGAAACACGAAGUAACGCCGCCCCCGCCGAGAUUUUUGCGAAAGAGGUGCCGGACCAUGGUUUCCAAGUCGGACAGAUGCUUGAAGCAACCGACGUUUUAGCCCCGGAGGACAUUCGCGUCGCGAGAAUCGAAAGAGUCGUCGAUCGUCUUCUCUUAAUCCAUUUCGAAGGCUUCCCAUGCGAUUACGAUCAAUGGGUCGAUUGCGAGAGUCCCGAUAUAUUCCCCGUUGGCUGGUGCAAUUCGGUGAGAUACCGAUUGACUGACCCAGGCGGGGGUUCACAAGGAGUUCGCGCCCUCGAUUGACAUCACACGACGACCCGAUGUUUCGUCGUGCCGACGAGACGAAAGCCCAUAUCAUACUCGGAGAUCGCGCAUUCCGAGGUCGAUUUCACACAUCUCACCGUAAACCCCGGACGAAAGCUAGGAAAGAGUCUUUGUGGAGGCGAAUCAAGCGAACUAUUCCCAAGUCUUAGUCUCACUUGAUUCAAUUUUCUCUGAAUAAACCGAAAGGUAAUUCCUAGAUUCAA